CGGAGUUUCAUUCUGCUGCCCAGGCUGGAGUGCAGUGGCGUGAUCUUAGCUCACUGCAACCUCCGCCUGCCAGGUUCAAGUGAUUCUCCUGCCUCAGCCUCCUGAGUAAUGGGGAUUACAAGCCUCCCAAAGUUCUGGGAUUACAGGUGUGAGCCACCGUCUUUAACCAAGAUAGGAUAUUUUGGAAGUGGUUUAGUCAGCAGAUUUGUAAAGCAUAGGUUUGUCCCAUUGUUAGAAAAGCCAGGUUCAGAAUAGGAUAAAACCAUUAUCUAUUUACCUAAAAUCCAGAAUAAUUAGAUAAUGCAUUAUGUAUUUGACUGUUUAAAUAUGCUCCUUAUGCUUUACAUGAGGAAAAGGAACGACUUUUCAUAUCCUGGAGGCAGGAGAUUCAUCAUAGAAUUGUGUGUUAUGGGGAAAAGGUGGCUGGCUAUGCUCAUGGAGAAAUUUAAUAGAGCAGAGAAAGGCGUCUUUUUCCCUUCUUGAAAUGUUGGCAGACUAGGUCCUGGGGUCAACAAUAGGCUUGAAGCUCUAUUAGGUAAGGCUCAGAGGUCCCCUCGUGGGGAACAUUGUCAUAUAUUGGUGCACACUUGUCAAAGGGUACAGUCCGUAAAAUGGAGAUCCUUCCUUCUUCCCUAACAAUGGAAUCUUUUGAAAUUUCCUAGAUUAUUUCAGGGACCCACCUCUCGCAUUGCUCUGCACGGGGGUGGGUGCUCAGUAAAUUGUGCCAGGCUGGCCAGAUGUGGUGGCUCACGCCUGUAAUCCCAGCACUUUGGGAGGCCGAGGUGGGCGAAUCAUGAGGUCAGGAGUUCAAGAUCAGCCUGACCAACAUGGUGAAACCCUGUCUCUACUAAAAAAAUACAAAAAUUAGCUGUAAUCCCAGCUACUUGGGAUUACUUAUCGGCUGAGGCAGAUAAUUGCUUGAACCUGGGAGGUGGAGGGUGCGGUGAGCUGAGAUCGUGCCACUGCACUUCAGCUUGGGCGACAGAGCAAGACUCCAUCUCAAAAAAAAAAGAAAGAAAAAAAAAUUGUGCCAGGCUGCCUGAUGUCAUGUGGCCUGUGUUUUGGACCGUGGUUCGUACCUAUGCUCCUUAUGUCACAUUCCCUGUCGCCUUCGUGGUCGGGGCUGUGGGCUACCACCUGGAAUGGUUCAUCAGGGGAAAGGACCCCCAGCCCGUGGAGGAGGAAAAGAGCAUCUCAGAGCGCCGGGAGGAUCGCAAGCUGGACGAGCUUCUAGGCAAGGACCACACGCAGGUGGUGAGCCUUAAGGACAAGCUAGAAUUUGCCCCGAAAGCUGUGCUGAACAGAAACCGCCCAGAGAAGAAUUAAUGGAGGACACAGAGCCCUAUGGUCCUACCGUGGGUGGUGACUUGUCCUGCUACCAUGUUGACAGAGCCCCAGAACCCACAUCUGAUUGGCUUUGUUGCUUAUUCCGGCCCCUCCCACACCACACAAAUACUGGCUGGUCCUUGAUGGCCAGGCAGACCCAGCAGCAGCCGAGGGGCCAGUGAAGAGGAAGGCCGCAUCUGUUGUGUGGUGGCCACAAGCACUCAGGCAUCUGAGUUUACUGGUGCACUGCUGGGAGGAGGGUUAUGAGAUGAACGUUGGCUGUCAAUCUCUGUGGGCAGGCGGUUUGGCCUCUAGUGGGAAUGGCUGGGAUUUGGGCGUUGCCUUUAGGAGGGACACCUGCAUGUCUAGUUCCAGUCUGCACUGGAAAGAAUUCAAAUAUGCACCUGGCUCCCUUCACUAUUUUGCCCUGUCCUUUGUGCUCAUUCUUACUGAAAUCUGUCUUGUCAGCUCAGGAAUGGGAUUCCCCUGGGAAAGAAAGCAUUUUUCUGUUCUGGGAAGCCCAGACUGUUCACUUUGGGGCAGGGACGAACAUGUGCCUCGUGAAUUUGCUUGAAAACAGUCACCAUCUUCUACCCCCAUCACUGUAUAGUGAAAAACCUGAUUAAAGUGGUAUCUGAGAACCAUAAUGAUCGAAUCUUAUCAUCCAGAUGGUAUCUGGGGGUCUUAGGAGUUAGGCAAGUCCAGGCAUUUUACAGCAGGAUAACAUUGGUAUUAAAGGGUGCCAAGGAGCCCUGGAAACUGCUUUACUAGUGCGGUUGCACUGAACCCUGGAGGCACAGAUUCCCAGGAACCUUUUUACAAUUAUUACAAUUGGCUGUAGCACCUUCAAGUCUAAAUGGAAGUAGACCACACAUACACACACAUAGGUGCCUUUCCCUGUAAAAGUAUAUACGCACAUUCAAGAAAAUUUGGUGGGGAUUUUAAAAAGGUCACCCAUGUUCCCAGCUCGUUAAUAACAACCGUUAACAUUUUGUUGUCUUUUACUAAUUCUCUGCACAGGUUUUAAAGAUAGUUAUCAUUACUGUACACUUAAUUUUACAUACUUUUCUCACUAUUAUCAUUUUUCCACUUUAUAUGGUCAUCAUAAUUGGUUUUUUGGAGACAGGGUCUCACUGUCACACAGGCUGGAGUGUAGUACAAUCAUGGCUCAGUGCAACCUUGACCUCCUGGGCUCAAGUGAUCCUCCCACUUCAGCUCCUCAAGUAGAUGGGACUACAGGAGUAUGCCACCGUGCCCAGCUAAUUUUUAAAUUUUUUUGUAGAACCAGGUCUCACUAUGUUGCCCAGGCUGGUCUCAAACUCCUGGGCUCAAGUGAUCCUCCGGCCUUGGCCUGUAGUUUCUUUUUUUUUUGGAGAUGGAAUUUCAUUCUGUCACCCAGGCUGGAGUGCAGUGGCAUGAUCUUGGCUCACUGCAACCUCUGCCUCCUGGGUUCAAGCGAUUCUUCUACCUCAGCUCCCUAAGUAACUGGGAUUACAGGCGCGCACCAUCAUGCCUGGCUAGUUUUUGUGUUUUUAGUAAAGACGGGGGUUUCACCAUCUUGGCCAGGCUGGUCUCGAACUCCUGACCUCAAGCGAUCCUGUCUGCCUUGGCCUCCCAAAGUGCUGGGAUUACAGGUGUGAGGCACCAUGCCUGGCGGUCUGUAGUUUUUUGUUGUUGUUGUUGUUUUUUUAAAUAUGGAGUCUCGCUGUAUUGCCCAGGCUGGAGUGUAGUGGCGUGAUCUUGGCUCACUGCAACCUCCACCUCUUGGAUUCAAGCGAUUCUCCUGCCUCAGCCUCCUGAGUAGCUGGGAUUACAGGUGCACACCACCACGCCCGGCUAAUUUUUGUAUUUUUAGUAGAGACGGUGUCACCAUGUUGGUCAGGCUGGUCUCAGAACUUCUGACCUUGUGAUCUGCCCGCCUUGGCCUCCUGAAGUGCUGGGAUUACAGUCAUGAGCCACCGUGCCCGGCUGUAGCUGUUUUUAAUAGCAACAUAAUUGUCUAUCAAGUGGGAAUAUGGCAUAAGUUUAUCCUGGACAAUUUCCAUAUUGCUGGACGUUUGAAUUGUUUCUGGUUGUUCACUCGUUUAGAUACUGCAAUGAAUAUCUUAUAUGAAGCUUUUCCUGCGUUUUGGAAUAAACAGUAAAAAUAGUAAA